CACUUCCUGACGCGUGAGGGCGGAAGUCAUCCCGUGCCUUAGGAACAUUAGCAGGGUAGACCGAGGGAGAGGGAGCGCGUCGGCCGCCGUGGCUGGCGAAGCAGUUGAGGAUCUGGGUCGGCUUCCCGGUCCGGGUCCGCAGCCACCUCUGUAGACUCCCGACCCGGCCCGGUCGCAGCGAGCUCGCUUCCGACCCGCGCAGCACCACGGCCCCCUCGUCCAGCCCGGGGCCCGGCGCGGCCGCCCUGCCCGGGACGCCGGCCCGGGCCCUGCUUACGCGUCCCCUCGCCGCGAGCCUGGCCCCUCGGGGCCCACGCCGCCUCCCGCCCUGAACCGCCGAGCCGGCCCAGCCAUGUCCCCCACCGUGUCCCACAAGGACAGCAGCCGGCAGCGGCGGCCCGGGCCCGUCAACCACUGCCUGGACGUGAAGAGCGGGCCGCUGUCACCGGGCGUCUGGGAGGAAGAGCCGACCGCUGAUGGCGUGGGCGGCGAGGGGGACACGGAGGCUCUGCUGCGGGCGUCCGGAGGGCGCGCGCCGCGGGCUCCGCGAGGGUGCCGCGCCGAGCUUAGCAGCAUUCUGCUGCUGCUGCUUCUGUACGUGCUGCAGGGCAUCCCGCUGGGGCUGGCGGGCAGCGUCCCGCUGCUGCUGCAGAGCCACAACGCCAGCUACACAGACCAGGCCUUCUUCAGCUUCGUCUUCUGGCCCUUCAGCCUCAAGCUGCUGUGGGCGCCGCUCGUGGACGCCGUCUACGUCCGCGGCUUCGGGCGCCGCAAGUCGUGGCUUGUGCCCACGCAGUACGUCCUGGGGCUCUUCAUGAUCUACCUGAGCACGCAGGUGGAGCAGCUGCUGGCCGGCGCCGACGGCCGCGGACCCGACGUGCGUGCGCUCACACUUGCCUUCUUCCUCUUCGAGUUCCUGGCCGCCACGCAGGACAUCGCCGUGGACGGCUGGGCGCUGACCAUGCUGUCCCGCGAGAACGUGGGCUACGCGUCCACCUGCAAUUCCGUGGGCCAGACGGCCGGCUACUUCUUGGGCAACGUGCUCUUCCUGGCUCUGGAGUCGGCCGACUUCUGCAACAAGUAUCUGCGUUCGGAGCCGCAGCCGCGGGGCCUCGUCACACUGGGAGAUUUUCUAUUUUUCUGGGGCACCGUAUUUUUGAUAACAACAACAUUAGUUGCCCUUUUAAAAAAAGAAAACACAGAAGUAAUACCAUCAAAAGAAGAAACAAAAGGGAUCACAGACACGUAUAAACUACUCUUUACAAUUAUAAAGAUGCCAGCAGUUAUGACCUUCUGCCUCAUGAUUUUAACUGCAAAGAUUGGCUUUUCAGCAGCAGAUGCAGUAACAGGCCUGAAACUGGUGGAAGAGGGUGUGCCCAAAGAGCACUUGGCCCUGUUGGCGGUGCCCAUGGUUCCUUUGCAGAUCAUAUUGCCUCUGAUUAUCAGCAAGUAUACUGCAGGCCCACAGCCCCUAAAUGUGUUUUAUAAAGCCAUGCCUUACAGAUUAUUACUUGGCUUGGAAUAUGCUUUGAUGGUUUGGUGGACUCCCAAAGUAGCGCAUCAAGGAGGAUUUCCAAUCUAUUACUAUAUCAUCGUACUGUUGAGUUACGCCUUACAUCAGAUCACAUUGUACAGCAUGUACGUUUCUAUAAUGGCUUUUAAUGCCAAAGUUAGUGAUCCACUUAUUGGAGGAACGUAUAUGACUCUUUUAAAUACUGUGUCCAACCUGGGGGGGAACUGGCCCUCGACAGUCGCCCUUUGGCUGGUGGAUCCUCUCACAGUGAAGGAGUGCUCUGGAGUGUCAGACCAGAAUUGUUGGACUCCCGAAGCAGUUGAACUUUGCAAAAAUCUUGGUGGAUCUUGUGUUACCACAUUGGAUGGUUAUUAUGUGGAGUCUAUCAUCUGUGUUAUUAUUGGAUUUGCUUGGUGGUUCUUUCUUGGUCCAAAAUUUAAAAACCUCCAAGAUGAAGGACCAUCAUCUUGGAAAUGCAGGCGGAGCAACUGAUGCAAUUCACUACAGAACGUGCUAGGAAGGGGAAAUAGCUUAAUUUUAAUGUGCAGAUGUUAUGAUAAUCAAUACACAGGAGUAUAACUACACUUUCAGAUAAAAAAAAUUAAUAAUAUAAAAAUGCCAAAUGGUUGAAAAACUGAGACCUCUAUGUAUAUGUGAUCUUUUUUUUCUUACUUUUCAAUGUAAAAAGUAUAUUUACGGUCAGAAAAUUGGUUCUAAAAAUAGCCUCUCUCUUCUUUUUUUGAAUCAUAUUUUUAGUUUACUGACCAAAUCAGACUGCAGUGCAGUGGCUCUGGAAUAGCUCAUUAUGUCUCCCCAGUAUUAUUCUUAACCUGUUUGGUUGAGAUAGAACUCUCAACGUUUUGGUUUUGGGGCAGAUGCGUUAAGUGGAACAAAGUACAACGUGCACAUCUAGGACCUCUUGAUAUAAACAGUGGGAAAUUUCAUUUUGGCUUUCAGGUGCAAUGAUUUUACUUAGACUACUGAGAUGCCAUUUUAACUGUCACUUUUCUGACCAUAACUAUGUUUUAAAGGGUGGAUCUUUGUGUUUAAAAAUAACACUUUUAAAUGUAUUUUCAGGCUUUUGUAAGCAUUUCAAGAUUUAUAAAAUGAAACAAAUAUUUUUUAUAAAAUGAAAGUUAAGUUUUUUAAUUUAUUGAAUUCAUUUGGGGGAAAGGAAGCAUUCUGAAGCCUUGUUAAUUUUUCUUACACUAAAUCUGAGAGGAUGUGGGACUUUGUUACCAGUGUCUCACAAGGAGACUUGUAGAGAAGGUUACCAGUAUCUCACAACUAAGAGACUUGUAGAGAAAGAUCACAUUUAGUUUCUUGUAUAUUAAUGGUAUAAUUUCAGAAAUAAAAAGAAAGCACAAUAUUAUUCAAGUAGUUUUCCUUUGUUCUUAAGAAAAAAUAAUAAAACUCAGUAACUAACAUUCCUUUCCUUUUCUCCUCCUACCCCUUUAAUUUUUAGUAAAAUUAGAACAUUAUUUUUUUAAAACAUCUGAUCAUUUUCAAAGAAAAAGUCAAAGAUAAUAGUGCCUUUGACGGAAGCAAAUCAUAAUGCUAAUGGAAAGACCAAUUAAGAAAGCACUUUAUAAUUAGUGAGGAAAGACCUCACAGUUCACUUAUGCCAAACAACGUGUUUGUCACAUUAUUUCCACUUAUUGUCACAGAAGCUUCUGUUGGCAAACUGAUAUUUUCUGAGCAACACUUAGCUGUAUUGUAUAAGUUGAGUGAUUUCAGUUUUGAGUGCCUUUGCAGUUUUCAACACAUGUAUAUAAUGUAUAUCCACUGACAAGGCACUUUGUAUACCUUUGUUUUAAGUCAUUAUGUCUCUUGAGAGAUAAUAUUAAUACCUUUAAAAGGUAAAGAUAGAAAAGAGAAUAUCUUCUGAUACUGAUUUCUAGUCCUUUUGAAAUUGUUUCAUAAGGUGAUCUUUCUGUUUUCCCUUGUCAUAUUUGGUUUCCUUUAAUGAGUUGAUUUUGGCUGAAAAAAUGCUUACUAAUUUAUGACCUUGUUGAUUUUAUAACAUAAACUAUAGUGAGUGGGGUUUUAUGAUUAUCAGAAUAAGAGCUGAAUGAUGGUUUUUUUUUUAAGGCAGUCAGUACAUGAAGGAUAUGUGAAAGAUAUCCUAUAAGUCUCUAGAUUGCCAGUAUUUUGGUCCAGUGCUGGUGUUCAGGUUGGAUGGCACAUUCUGAAGAAUCACUGGGGAGAAACACUCAUCCUAGAGAGAAGAUGGCAGAAGUUAAUCCAGCAUGCCAGGUAGCUGUCAUGAAAACAGAUUGUGUUGUUGCUAGGCUGUCCAGCAUCUUGUAUUUCAUUUUAAAAAUAAUUUACUUGAAUAAAGGACAAGUAGCUCUUACUGUGAAAUGUAUUUUUAUCUUUAAUAUUUUGAAUUUGAAAGCUUAAAGUUUAGCUUAUUGACUUGAUUAAUUAUAUUGUUCUCCUGAUCCAUUGGAUGGCCAUUGCCAAGCAUAUGAAUUAAAUGAGUUGCAACUUUAAGCAUAUGGACACAUAAGUAAUUUGGGUGUUGAAAAAACUUUUUUUUUUUAAGCUAAGACUUGACAAUAAAAAAUCAUUUAUUGUGACUGAAAGAAUUUACAGUAAUCAGUCAUUUUAAAUAUCAUAGUCACAUAAUAACUAAUGUUAUACAUUAGAUAUUUGGUAUAUAAAUGAUUAUGAUGUGCCAAGGUGAUUUGGUAAUAAAAUUUCAUAUUUGAAAUAGCCAUGGUGUUUGCAUACACUAUAAUUACCAGUGGCAUUAUCCUCAAAGGAAUUUGCUGACAUGAAAGGAGCUAGUGUAUUCCUAAAUAUCAAAGAAUAGCAGCACCUUCUGGCUUUUGAUUCUCUUGACCCAUUUGGUAAAACAAACUUCAAAGGGGGAGGAGUUUUUGCAUAAUUUGUUUUAAACUUUGAGCGUUUGGCAACCUCUUUGGUUAAGCAGGCUGCUGAAGGUACAUCCUAGCAAGGAAAUGAUAUGCAGCUCGACAGUUAACUCUUAAAUCAAGGUGUCAUAUGAUCUAAAGCACCCAAAGUUCCAGGAUUGUGGCCACUUUUCUGGGGAGGACAGUUGAACAUGGACUUCUCCAUGAACGGCCCCAGUAACGUGCCUAUGUACACAUGCAUGAUGUAAAACUGAUCACCAAUGUGGACUGUAAACAAAAGCCACCAAAUGCCUGGUUGGAACAUUCUAUAGAAAUGUUCUAUAGGGUCAGUGAGAAAGAUGUUCAGGAAAUGAAUUUGUUCAUACCUUAAAAAGUAUUUUAGUUUGCUUUGAAAUUAAACCCAGCAGGAAAAUGUGAUAUAUUAAGCCCUUAGCUUAAAUAUGUAUCAUAAAAACUUGAAAUAGUUCCAUUUGUUACUGAUUAGAAAUCUUUUGAAAAUAAAGUUUGAAGGAAUGCUUUAAAAAACAAAAAACCUGAAAUCAGAUUUAUAGAAAGUUCAAUUAAAGCCUAGCGAGCUUGGGAGAACAGUUAUGCUGGCAAAAACAGGACCCAAGCAACUCACCUGGAGCUCUGGAAGCCCAAAUAGCAGACUUAUACAAAGGACAUCUCUUCUUAGCAGGAGCUGAGCCACCAAGGAAAUUGGACCUUGUUUUGUAAAGUGUAAAGUCUUCGGCGUAGUCAUAAUUUAACUUGCCAGAUUUUCACCUUGCUAACCUAGCUUAAAGUAUUUGUUUUCUUUCCAUACUAACUAUUCAUCUAAAACAGAAUGUUGUAAAGUGUCAUAAGGCAGCCCGGGUAGCAUAGUGGAUAGAAUGCUGGGCCCUUCUUACUACAAAGAGCUGCAAUAAAUAUGUACAUAUAGGGCACCUUUCUGUUUCUGACCUCCUAGAGUAUGUGACCAGCAAUGGAAGCUCUAAAUCAAAGCAGUAGAGACUUUUUUUUUUUUUUUAAGCCAAAUUGCUUUCCAGAAUGACUAUAGUUACACCUCUUUACAAUUCCACUAAUAGUUUUAGUGUGUCCAAUAUUAACUCUGCUCACCAAUUUUGGAUGUGAAAAAAGUUGCUUUGAUUUCCAUUUCUCUUAUUGAUUUGAAAUAGUGGUUAAUUGUAAUUAUUUUGAGAAUUUUGUUUAAUUUGUUCCAAAACUUUUACAACUAAUUAGUGGAAUUGCUCCUGGCCUUAUAAAUCUGUUUUCUUUUUGUCUUUGAUAUCUGAGCCUUUAUGAUAGGUUAUGAUUUGAGAGAGGCUAGUUUUAAAAUGGCAGGCAUGGGCCCUGGGUUUUCUUUCUUGGGCUUGUAGUCUGAGUUUCGCAGUUCCACAUAUCCCCAUCAACUCUCGUGGAUCUGUUUUGAGAGCCUAAUAAGUCUAAUGCUUUCCCCCAUUUUGGACCUAAUUUCUUAGAUAAAAAAAGUCAUGAUUUCUUGAGCAGAGACUUGUCACUUUUGGCAGUCAAAAAGUUUAUGCUCCUUAAAUUUCUUAGCUGAAAAGAAAUAUUCAAUUAGACUUUUAAAUAAAAAAUUUGUGUCGCUAUUUUAUAGUUUUAAGUAUCCAAAAUUUCUCUUUUUUUUUUGAGGGGUGAGGGCUCAUUUUUCACCCAAUAUUCUACAUAUUAUUUGGUCACAUGUACAACAAAUUACUAUUGGAAUUUUAAUUAUUUUGCCUGGUAACAUGAAAAAGUACAUUUAGGGGAAAUGUGUAGAAUGUAUGAUUCUUGGUAUAUUUUAGUGUAAUUCAACUUAGCAUAUAACCUUUUAUAAGAACAUUACAUGAGGAAUAAAUGGAUAAGUAAUAAGACUAGUGAGAUACUAGUUUAAUUUGUAGGGAAAUAUAAAUUAGCUUAUCCUAAAUUGUGUUUAUAAUUUAUUAUCCUAAUAGAGAAUCAUAUAAAUUUAAAAAUAUGAACAGUGAAUUCUAUAAUUUUCACUUAAAAGACUCAAAAUAUUUGAGUAGAGUAUUAAAAUUUAAGGUGAUCCUUAUAAAAUUAUGAAAAUGUAUUGUAACAGACACUUAUAAAAUUUAUGAAACUGGAUUAUGACAUUAAAAAUAACUUGGUUUAAUCAUGUUGCUGCUUUUAUAAAUUAAUGAUUGAAAAUUAGUAUGAUUGAAGUUAUAUCAGGCUUGAUCAUCUCUACUAUUAAAUACUGUAAGAAUUACUGUAAAAUAGGAGAACCAUUUGUUAGAAGAUACUGAUCUCAUUUUUGCUGUUUAUUUUUUGUACUCAUGGUUUUUGGCAAAAAAUAUACUUAAAAAGUGAAUGUGCUUAUUAUUUUGAGAAAAAAACAUGUUAACUAAUAUUUUGGUGCCAUGUUAAUGUACAAGAAUCUUCACUUUAAAAAGUACAUUAACUGUAAAAUAUAUAUAUACAUAUAUAAAUACCAAAAUAUGUAAAAAUUACACUUUUUAGAAUAGAUUUUUGUUAAUUGUCUAGAUUUCUGCCUGUGUCCCUCCCUCCCUCUCCACAAGAGCCAUUUUUUUAAAGGGAAUAAUUGUUUUAAGAAGAAAAAAAAUUGUAAAACUGAUAAACAUAUUGAAAUCAUCUGACAUGAAAUGUUUCACAGCUGUGGAAUUGUGUGCUUUCCAUCUCUUUGGGCCAAGCUUGUUCCUUAUAAUUUUGCAUCAUUCAGUUCAUUUGUGUUAUUAGAAGUUGUUAUUCUUUCCAUUUAACAUGGGUGUGUUGUUUUUCUGUCUCUGCUUGCUCAACUUGGCAUCAGUUCAUGUAAGUCUGUCCACAUUACCCUGUAUUCAUCGUGCUUGUUAUUUCUUGCAGCACAAUAUCAAAUUACAUUCAUGUACCACAUUUUGGCUAGCUAUUCCUCAAUCAGUGGACAAUUAUGUUUUCCAGCUUUUGGCUAUCAUAAAAAGUGUUGUAUUUUAUAUUUUUAUAUAUUUAAGUGGAUAUAGAGCCUUUUAAAGACUUAAUUUUUUAAAUGCUCAAAGGAGAUUAAUAUUUUGAAAUUUUUUUGGGGGGAGGAGAUGAUUGAUUUUAAAGAAAAAUAAAACAAAUAUCCCAGGUUGGUUGUGGGGAGGCAGAAAUUUUUCAAUAAUAAAGGCAGUAGUUGAUGUUUUAUCUGGUAGUGGUUUCUGUAGGGGACAUUGCACAAAUUACCUGUAUUAGAAUUCAAAUAUUUUGGUAACAUGUUUUGGGUUCUUUUCCUGUUUCUUUUGCUGAAAUAGCACUUUUCACAUGUUUCUAUUAAAAUAAAGAAUUUAUUCAA